CUUAACAAGAAGAAUGUCAUUUGCUUUUAUAGGUUAGCUAAUAUUUGUGUUAUCUCACAAAACUAGUCUACUAUUUUACUAGUACUCUACAUUCUGACAUCAAUGAUGAGCAACAAAUCAUCGUGUGACAAUUUUGUCACCAAGACGUCAACUUAUCCAAAAACUAAUACGAGUUCUCGAGCGUUACCAUCGUUAACCCAUGACAAGCCCAAAUUGAAAGUGGGAUGUUGUCCAAAUGACUAUUCAAUAUGGACAGUGCAAUCACUCAUCAACCGCUUCAAUACCCCAGAACAAGAGGGAGGCGAUAGCAAAGGGGGAACGACAGGCUACCUUCAGCAAAACAAACCCAAACGACAUGUUUCAACACGGGAAACAUUAAAAAACCAGUGUGAUCCUCCAGAGGAGACUUUAGAAAAACCUCGAUUAAAAAGAUCCCUCGAAAAUAUUGAAGUUAGCGAGGUUACAUGUGUGGAAAGAAGCGUGGAAGAAAAUGCCCCGCCGCUCGAAAUCGUCGAUAAAGUCUUGCUUGGUGCAAAUGGAUCAGUCGAUGAGGUGAAUGUUAUCCCCAGCCAGCAAGAAAAAGCUAAUGAAUCGUAUAGAAUUGAUAGUGAUCACGGGAGUAUUAACAACAUGAUAAAGCAUCCUAAUCCUGAAAUAUCUGGAAAAUGUGAUAAAGAUGCAGAAGAGUCCGAUAAAGAAGUGAACGGCAGAUUCAACACUUCAUCUACUUUCUCAAUAGAAAUUAAAAUAUCAGAUGAGAAUUUUAUUGCUGUUGAAAAUGCGGAGGUUGACGGCAAUAAAGACUCAAAACAGGUCGAUGCUAUGACCACACCAGUAAAUGCAUCAUUAUCUUCCAAAAUAUUGCACGAACCAACUGUUUCCGGCUUCGAUAAAUCAAAUUCAGAAUUAAAAGACCUGCUUGAAGAAGAUCUGGUAACAAUUUUAAUUUGCUAUUCUACUUUUUUACGCUACAAACUAACAUAUUCUGCAUGGACUUUGUUUCAGCUGUUCGACAUUGAUAAGCAUGGCAUCUUGUCAACGCCAAUGCCGGCAUUUAUCACGCGUUCGGGGGACGUUUUUUCAGUUAAGGACGGAAUAUCGGUGAAUUGUAAUCAUGAAGAGAUUUGUCCAAUCACGUCGCAAUUCACGGAUACUUUGGAAGGACUCGAAGCAACAAACACUGCAAAAAUACGAAAUGGAUUUGACGACCAGAAAAAUGCGAUAGUUUCAAAAUCCGAAAACUGUUUGAAUCGGUCUCAACCGCCACCUGACAUCGAAGGAAAGUUUGGUUCUUCACUACGAACCCGUGAUUCUUUUGGGAAUGAUUCGAUGUUUACUUCCAACUGGAAUGUUGCUUGUAACAUAAACAGAUCACGCCUGGGAUGUAAAUCUGCCUCCAGUGCUUCUCUUGUGGAGGUUGUACCUUUCCAGAUGAAAAACACCACGAAUAAUACAUAUGAUAUUAUUUGUCAAAUGAGUCGACUGGAGCGAACGAAACUUUUCAUUAAAAUGGAAAUAGAGACUGAAAAUGCUUUGCGUAAUAAAGAGCAAGAAAAAGAAAAUUUGCUUCAAAAAAUGAGGGAAAAAGAAUCAAAAAAGUAUAAUUUGCUUCAAAAAAUCAGAAAAUUCUUUGUUCCAAAAUGCUGUCGUUUCGGUAAAUCUGACAACUUACAUCGACUUGAGGAGACACUUAUGGAUAUCCAAGAAAAACUUGAAUGUUUGCAUGAAUUGUUACCAUUAUAUAGGAUCUGCCUCAACAAACUUGAAGAGGAAAUAUGCGAAAAACAAAAUAAGCAUUACAGUGGCGAUUAUUUUCCUAUAUCACUCUGUGGUUUUUAGGAUUUAAACUUUCUUAACUGUUCUGAAUAUACUUAU